AAUUAUCAUCUGGAAAUAAGGGGAAUUAAAUUGGUCUGCGCGCAAGCAAAAAAUAACAAUCCCUUCUCUGUCUUGGGCGUAUCCCGCAAACACGUUUCGAAACGUUUUCGCCGCGAGUUAAAUCGGCAGUCGACCGACGAUCCGGCCGGGGCACAGCUCGAUGAAACAUUGCUGCGAAGCGACACGCGUUCGAUGUUUUCAUGUGACGAAACGUUUGUUUCGCUCGAUCGUUGAUUCGUUUCAUUCAAAUUUAUUCGAGAAUUCGUGAGAUUUGUUCGAUCGUCGAUUAAUUUCGCGCGAUUCACUCGACAAGUGAUCGUAGGAUGAUGAUCGUUCGAUCAAUAUUUUGGUGAAGAGAAGAGUGUACUUCGAAGAAAGGCUUUCCACGAAGUGAUCAAAUGAAUUGUAUCAGAUGACGAUUGAGCAACGUAGUGCUUCUGAAAGUAUCGAAUUUGUGGAGAAAAUGCCGAGGAGAAACAGUUUGCAGGAUAUGCGGAAUACUCGAAAAAUAUUAAGAUCUUACAUUACUACAAGAAAUAUUGUAAUAGCGGGAAUAAUAUUAACCACGUUGAUUCUUGCAAUAAUAGCAAUCUGCACUAUUUAUGGUGCCAGAAAUGUAAAAACCCAAGAAAUACCACCCGAUCCGGAACUACCAUUACCCCCUUCAUGGAGUAAAUUAAAAAUGUUUAAACAUGGUGCUGUUUGUGCAGAUGGAGCACCAUGUGCACUUGUGGGCAAGAUGAUUCUAUUAAAAAAUGGAUCAGCAGUGGAUGCUACUAUUUCGGCAAUGAUUUGCAAUGGUCUCGUAAAUAUGCAAAGUAUGGGCAUUGGAGGUGGAUUUUUCAUGACAAUUUAUGAUAAAGCUUCUAAGCGUGCCUAUACGUUAACUGCAAGAGAUCGUGCUCCAUUAGCUGCAAAUGCUACAAUGUAUAAUGGUAAACCACAGGAAGCAUCGAUGUUCGGUCCAUUGGCUAUUGCUGUUCCUGGAGAAUUGGCAGGAUACUGGGAAGCUCAUAAACGUUUCGGUAAAUUACCUUGGGCUGAUUUAUUCAGUCCUUCGAUCGAGAUAUGUGAAAAAGGAUAUAAUUUGACAAAAAUUCAACACGACGGAUUCAAAUAUAACGCAAAAAAUAUUUAUAAAGAUCGUGUUCUAAAAGAAUUAUUUGUAGAUCCACAAACAAAUGAUUUUUAUUUACCGGGAACAAUUAUUAAACCAAAAAUACUUUGCAAAACUUUGCAGAUAAUUGCAAAAAAAGGGAUUUCAGAAUUUUACAAUGGAACAUUAGGUAAAUUUUUGGUACAAGAUUUACAAGAUAAAGGAAGCAUUAUAACAAUGAAAGAUUUAAAUAAUUAUAGAGUAACGUGGGAUGAACCUCUUGUAUCAAAUCUCACUAAUGGAAUGAAAUUAUUUACAGUCGGAUUGCCUGCGAGUGGAGCUAUUCUCACCUAUAUUUUAAAUAUCUUCGACAGGUUUAAUUUUACACGUGAUAGUAUAGCUGAUUUUAAUCGAACUACUCUUACAUAUCAUCGAAUGAUAGAAACGUUUAAAUACGCUUACGCGUUAAGAAAUGAUAUGGGUGAUAAAGAAUUUGUUGAUAUGAAAGAACUAACAAAGAACUUGACAUCAAAGAUUCAUGCGAAAAAGACACAAAUGAUGAUAGAUGAUUAUAAAACUUGGAAUGAUUCCGCGCAUUAUGGAGCACACACAAUAAGCAAUGCAAAAGAUCAUGGGACUGCCCAUGUUUCGGUAUUAGCUCCAAAUGGAGAUGCAGUAUCAGCUACUAGUACUAUUAAUUUCUAUUUCGGAAGCGGAGUAGUCAGCGAAAAUACCGGAAUAUUAUUAAAUAAUGCAAUGAACGAUUUUGGUAUACCAUCAACAAUUAGUUACUUUGGAAUUCCACCCAGUCCGAACAAUUAUAUCGCUCCGGGGAAAAGACCAUUGUCUUCUAUGGUACCUUCAAUUCUUGUCGACUCAAAUGACGAUGUAAGAAUGGUCAUCGGUGCUUCUGGUGGUACUAAAAUUACUACAACAGUUUCUCAGAUAAUAGCUAAGAUCAUAUGGAUGAAUCAAACGGUAAAGGAAGCUGUAGACGCUCCUAGAAUACACCAUCAGUUAUUCCCACCAGAGAUGAAUUACGAAUACGGCGUGCCAAAGCCAGUAAUUGAUAAUUUGCAAAAAUUCGGGCAUGUAACUUCUCGUUAUAGAGUUCGUGGUAGUGUGGCUUGUGUCAUUUUUACCGAAAACAAUACAGUAUAUGCAAAUGCGGAUUACCGAAAAGGAGGAGACGUAUAUGGACUUGAUUAAACUUUAUUAAAAUAAAUAAUUAUGAGUGAAACACAAAUGCUAUCUUCCAAUAUAUAAAUCGCUAACAAGUGUUGAUCAUAAAUGUUGUUCGAGUUCUUAGUAUUAAACUCUUCAACAUUUGAUCUUAAAAUUAUAUAACGUUAUACAUAUAAAGUUAUAAAACUUCUUUUAAAGAGAAAUUUUCCAUGAUAAAAUAUAUUGUGAUAUUUGUUCUAUGUUAAUUUAUGCGAAAUUAAAAUUCUUCAA